AUGUUUUUGUGGGCUAAUAGUGAAAUUGUGAUUGGUGUUGUUAUCAUCAACAUCUUCUCCAGAUGCAUAAAUGGAGUGUUUGGUUUAUUGUUUAAACCUUUUUUCAAACAGUUGCAAUCAACUCCUGUUGAAGUUAUGUUAAUUUUAAAUAUAUGCACAGCGAUUUAUAAUUUCACUGCUAUUAUCUCUGGCUUUACAAUGAAGUCAGUAUCAAUAAGAGUGAUUGCUGUUAUCGGAACAAUUUGCAUAAGUCUCGGUCUUAUUUUGACAUCAUUUGUAUCAACAUGGAGUGCAGUUGUUUUUAGUUACAGUGUAAUUGUUGGUGUAGGAUUAGGACUUUUAUCACCUGCAGUGUUCUUAUCACUGGCAACCACUUUUAAAAGUGGUUUGAAUAAAGCUCAUGGAAUUGGAAUGGCAGGAAUUGUAGUUGGAGAUAUUGUGCUUCAACAACUUGUUGGAAUUUUAUUAACACAUUAUGAAUUUGACACAACAAUUCUUGUUGUUGGAGUUGUUUCAUUGACAGGAAUAUUUGGAGCAUUUCUUUUAAAAUCAGAACAUCAGGUGCCACCAUUACCAGAAGAAAGACCAUUGAUCAGUUCUGAUGAAGAAAAACAAACAAAUUCAAGAAAUGAAGGAUUUUUAAAUGACUUUCAUAUGCUGGAAGAUAAAAACUUUCUCAUACUGCUUGUGGGAAUGUCAUGUGGAAUGACUAUAGCUGUGGAUUUCGCUGUCCAAUUUCCUUUCUAUUUGAAGGAUUCAGCACAACUUAAUGAGAUUCAAAUUGCUGCUUGCAUGUCUCUUCAAGCAGGAAGCGAACUUGUAGCUGAACUCACAUUUUAUCUUUACAUUGAUUAUCUUAAAUUUUCAAAUAAGAAAUGUUAUCUUAUUGGCGUUGUUGGAUCAGCAUUUGCUAGAUUAUUUUUAAUUUAUUUUGAAGGAUUUCAUUCAUUAGCUGCUCUAAGUAUUAUUUUGGGAUACUUCAAAGGAAUUGCGAUGGGGAAUUAUUUAUUGAUUUUGGCUGAAUACUUUCGAAGUUCUCCUGAAAAGCUUCCAAGUGCUUUCAGUUUUAGUAAAAUAACUUGUGGAAUUUUUUCUCUUUCAUUUGGACCCCUUCUCGGGUGGAUUCAUGGUGGAGGUUACACUUUAACAUUCUGCGUUCAAAGCUUUUUUGCACUUCUUAUAUUCAUAGUUUGGAUAGCUGAUUAA